AUGCCUGUAUUCCCGACUGUGGCGGCUUUCUUCCGCAGACACAAGAGAAAGCUCCUCUGGACGUCUGCCGUGGGGUUUUCCGUGUACUUGCUUGUCAACCAGUUCGUCAUCAAGCGCUUCCGGAACUUUCAGAAUUCAUUGAAGCAGGAGCUUUUUGUUAAAGAGCAAAUCAGACGUCGUUUCAUCCAGACCCAGCAGGAUUGCUACUUGACAAUUUUGGCCUUGUUGCCAGUAUUGACUCAGCCGGUUCUCAACUUCUUGCCCACGGAGGCAAUCACCCUGGCUCUCAAGAGAAAGAAGAAUACUAACAAGGAGAUGAGCGACUCGCUCACUACUGAGAAUUUGAUGGCCCAUUCCAGCCAGGAUAACGUCGCAUCUUCGUCCGACUUGCUGGCUUUCUUGUCCAAGUCCAAGCUUGAGUUGUGGCACGACUUGAAGGUCAAGUCCAUCUCGAGAAUGCUUGCCCUCAUCUACUCGGCAGCGGGCUUGCUUUUGCUCACGCGUCUCCAGCUCAACAUCUUGGCUAGAAAGGCAUACCUUGAGCUGGCCAUUGUCAUGGCUGGUGGCUCGGUGCCUCAGAACUCGCAGUCCUCGUUUGACUACUUCAUUGAGCAGAGCUACCUUUCCUUGAGUUGGUGGCUUCUCAACCACGGCUGGAUGCGUAUGGCAAACGGCCUCGAGAGUCUUGUGGAGAGCAAGUUCAAGGAGAUUACCCCCAAGACCGAGUUGUCGGUAGACACCUUCACUCAGAUGCUCCUGGAGAUCAAUGCUGGAAUCAUUGCGGACGGCCUGCUCGUGAAGAACCUUUUGUUCCCUACGGAGUAUGACAACUUGAUUGAAACGCUCAUGAACACCAACCCCGAGCUCGUCAAUGAACUCGAGAACCAGGAUUCCAACCUUGUGAAACUCAUCAACGAAACCAACUUCAUCAUCUCCAAUGACUUCACCUUGCAUGUGUUCUCGUCGCUUGUGAGAAAUGGAGUGGACACUUUGGGCGACAGCAUUUCUGUGGCGCUCAACCCGGACAAUAAGCCAGGCAGGUUGCACAAGCUCGCUACCUUUUUGGCCCAGUUGUCUGUCCAGUCCAAUGUCAUCUGCGACCCCCAGAACGCCGAGGUAGACGGGGAGGUCACUGGAAACAUCUACAUCAACAACUUUAACGACUUAGACGAACUUGAUGAGUUCAGCGCCAGUAUCUAUUCAAACUUUGAAUAA